AUGGUACUGGGCAAAACUUCAGGAAGACGCGUGGACGCUCAGCAAGAUCUUCAGGGAUUCACUGUUUCUAACGACAAUGACAGACAGUCCCUUGAGGCACAAGAACGUCUCAGCGUGCUUUCUGUUCAGCGCGACAAAAACCGUUUUCCAAAGAAGAAUUUUGAUCGACAAUCGCAUAUAAAUAAACAUAAGCUUAGCAAAAACUGUAAACUGUGCGUUUGCCCUUAUACUAAAGAAGCAUUUGAUGCCAAGGAAUGUGGAACGACAACGAUCCCCACACCUCCUACAAUACCUACGCCUUCAUCAGGCAAUAGCUCAUCGUCAGGGGGUAUUCGCAUCCUGCCUCUGCAGGUCAACGGUAUUUUCCCGUCGUUGACAGUGACUGCUAAAAGUGGACCGAAGCGGAGUGAAUGUGGGACUGGAGCUCUCAUGCCAUGGGCAGAUAAACUGUAUGUGGUGUCCUACUUGUCCGUCUUUGACUCGGGCAGUGGGACUGGGUUGUAUACAAUAGAUGAGAAUUUUACGAUGACUACCUUGGCACAGCAUAACUCAACCUACGCAAAUCGCUUACUCCAUAAAGAGACCAGUCAGAUCAUCGUCGGCGCUUGGGUCAUCGACCUUCAAGGGAAUGUUCGAGUGUUUUCAGACUUACUCACAGUGAGAGUAGGAGCCACAGCGGAGCACCUUACACACCCAGACACCAUGGUCUACAUGCUGGGGAUGGACGGACCCUUGUGGGAGUGUAACGUGACCAGUCUGGCAUGCGCCCAACUGUUUGAUCUGGUGGAGGUCCUAGAAAUCCCAUCUUCCGAAGGAGAGCAGCCUCAUUUCAAGGCAGCCCACACCAUGAACGGUAGGCUGGUGGUUGCCAGUAAUACGUUUGAGGAGGAAGAUUUCACCGGGAAACAGCAUGGAGGUCGACUCGCCGAGUGGAGAGGUCCUGGGCAGAACUGGACGAUCUUAGAACGGACAGCGUUUGUGGAAGUCACCGGACGCCGCAACUUUGGACAAGUGAUCUAUGCCUUGGGGUGGGAUUACCGGUCUGUCAUUCUGAAGGUGUUUGAUCCAGCUAACAAUUACUGGCAGACUUACAGAUUACCAAAGGCCUCCCAUGCCUACGACCACCUCUGGCAGACGGAGUGGCCGAGGAUCCGCGAGGUGGAGACUGAACGUUACUUGAUGGACAUGCACGGGCUCUUCUACGAGCUGUCUCCAUUGGGGUGGGCAGGAAGCACCUGGGGCAUCCGACCAAUAUCGCAGCAUCUCCGGGUCGUUCCGGAUUUUACUUCCUUCAGGGGGUUCCUGGUUCUUGGCGGGAAUCAGGUUUCAUCAAUACUGGACAACAACGUGAUAACCGGUCAAGCACAGUCCGGCCUUUGGUUUGGCAAAACGGAUGAUCUCUGGAAGUUUGGCAAACCUCAGGGUUGGGGAGCUGUAUGGAGAGCUGAUGACGUGCCCGAUGGAGCAGUUUCUGACCCUUAUCUGAUGACAGGUUUUGAGCAUAAAGUUCUUCACGUGAUCCAGCAUGACAAUAAUACUUCGCUGAUAGAAGUUUACGUUGAUGUUACAGGGGCCGCGG